UAUUUCGUCCUUUAGGAACAGGAAAAACUCUCGUAGCCAGCGCAUUGGCGACGGAAUGCAGCAAUUCCGAGCGCAAAGUCUCUUUUAUCUCACGCAAGGGUUCCGACUGUCUCAGCAAAUGGGUCGGCGAGAGUGAAAAAAAACUCGAGAAGAUAUUCUCGUUGGCACGACAGACGAAGCCGUGUAUUAUUUUUUUCGACGAGGUUGACGGUCUCGCGCCUGUGAGGUCUAGUCGACAGGACUUUGUCCAUACCAGUGUGGUCUCUACUCUCCUGGCUCUGAUGGACGGUCUAGACAAUAAUUCCGAGAUUAUAGUAAUAGGCGCGACUAAUAGGAUCGAUGCGAUAGAUCCAGCUCUGAGAAGACCUGGCAGAUUUGACAAAGAACUAUAUUUUCCCUUGCCUUGUUACAGUGCCAGAAAGGAGAUACUUUCGGUGCACGUUAAAAGCUGGAAACAGAAACCAGCGCAAAAAUUCUUGGCGUAUUUGGCGUCGAAGACUUUAGGAUUUUGCGGCAGUGAUUUGCAAGCUCUUUGUGCCGAAGCGGUUAUGUGUUCCGUUCGUAGGAAUUAUCCACAGAUCUAUAAUUCCAAGUCUAAGUAUCACAUCAAUGAACGCCAUCUUAAAAUACUUUGUCCAGUCGGAAUGCUGACUUCCGAUAGCAUUACAGGCGAGGCCAUGUCCAAGUCGAGAGAUUGCCCGCGAAUUUUGUUGUGCGGUGACGACGAUUCCCACACACGUCAUCUGGGACCGGCGUUGCUGCAUAAUCUGGAACAUCUACCGUGUCACAUCCUGGAUGUCACGACGCUGUUCGAGGAAACGGGCAAGGCGGCUGAGGAAGCCAUGAUACAAGUAGACUGAAACCGCUUCUUUU